AAAUCUAUAUAAAUGAAUAUUCACUAAAAGAAAUUGUCAAAAACUCUUGUUUACUUUUAUAAUCAAAAUUUUACUAUCAGACAUAAUUGUGAGUAACCGCGAAUCGCGAAGGCGCAGCCGCAAUCGGCUAAUGCAAUGAUUCUCAAAAAAUCCCAUACCGAGAAUUCAGUGACAAAAAAAUUGAUGCUUAAGCCAGGAAAGUGCGUGCCCCAGGCCCACCACCUGCAACACCGACAUAGCUAUUACCGGCAACCCCGCCACCAGCGGCCGCCCCCUCACCCACGGGCAGAAGCCAGCGGUAACGGCGUGUGCGUGACUAUCGUGCAAUCGGAUAAGAAUCGAGACGAACGCUCUAGCAGCGACACGUGGACCAAAUCGAGCCAAAUGUUCAGGACCGUUGGACGAUUCCAAAGCUUAAACAUUAGGCGCAACAGAAUGAAAGAGCAGCUAUCGUCCAAACAGUUGGAGCGUUCAGAAAAGAAAAAGAAGAAGUUGGCCGCCCUUGCGAAUCUGAUGCAGCUAAAUGACCGAGAUCGGGACCGUAUACACGAGGCGGAAGUGGACAAAAGCCCUGAAGUAGUAGACACCAUUUCGACAAAAACCGACGACCAUGACGAUUCAGGAUUCAUCAUAGUGAACAACAGCAAGCGCAAGCCCAGAAAUCAGUUGACCAUCCCUACAGAUGAAGAACGCGGCGAUGGAAAUGACAAGGGAGAGGACAUGGAGUCCCUCAAUGAGCCGGAUAUUAAGAGAAGUCGGAAGACCAUGGAAAAUAAUGAAGCUGGUGGAGAUUCUUGCACCAUACCUAAUGUCAUUGGCGGUCUCACCCAAGAGCAAUACAAAUCCUUGUCAGCUCAGCUGCGUCGUCGCAAACGUGAACUGGAGGAUGUGCCAGGUUUGCGACUGCGUGAAAUGGGUCAGCGUGCUUCGCUAGAGACACCACAGCAUGCGCGGACUCCCAUCUUCCUCACUGACAUUCAGCAUCUGUUGAUGUCUGCUUUGAUUGGCCAGAAGAGCCCCUGCCGUCCGGACCGCUGGUGCUCAGUGGAAAAAUGGCUCAGUCUAUCCCACAGUGUAGUGGUGAUACUAGACGGACUCUCGCUUUAUCACUAUCUGUCCAACGAAAGUAAAUUUGAGGCGACGAAUCGAAUUUUCGAUACUAAACUAGAGAUGCUUCUCCCACCGCAGGAUGAAGGCAGCAUUAUCGACGAGAUAGCUCAGAUUCCCCUGACCAAUGUCCAGGCCAAGAAGCUAAUUGAUGAACAUGGCUCUUUGGAAUCGGCUGUAGAGCUGAACAAGGACCCCACUUUGUUUGUUAAGACCAUAUUUCCCAUCGAAAAAGUGUUGGGCGACAAGGACAAGGAAAAGGAGACACGCAAUGAUCUCCAUCCCGAUGACAAAUUUCCACGGACCAAACUGCUGCUGUCAGCCCUCCAAAUGGUCGACGAGGGCUAUCCAAUUCCAUUGCAGGGCGAACUGCACACCCGCUUCAGAUCCUAUGUCUUCACUAAGAAAUCAUAUGCCCCAGUCACAGAUAAGAGUCCCAUGUAUGGCGUGGAUUGUGAGAUGUGUCGCACAGUUGCGGGAGUCAACGAAUUGACCCGCAUCUCCAUAGUGGAUGAGGAAUAUCGCACAGUCUAUGAAACUCUGGUUCGUCCAAAGAAUCGUAUUACGGACUAUCUCACCCAAUAUUCGGGCAUCACAGAGGACAUUAUGAGAAAGGUCACCAAAACUCUGAAGGAAGUCCAAAAGGAGGUGAGUGAAUUGCUGCCAUCUGACGCCAUUUUGGUGGGGCAGUCACUCAACUCUGAUCUUAAUGCCAUGCGGAUGAUGCAUCCCUAUGUGAUCGACACGAGCGUGUGCUUUAAUAUCUCUGGUAUAAGGCGGCGUAAGAGCAAGCUCAAGCACCUGGCCCAGACGUUCCUCAAGGAGAAGAUCCAGGAGAAGGAAGAAGGCCACGAUUCUAUUGAGGAUUCGCUCGCCACUCUCAAACUGGUUAAAAUGAAACUGGCCCAUUGCAUUGAAUUUGGCGAUGAAAUUCUGAUGAACCACAAGCGCAUGCAGGAACUGGCCAGUGCAAGCAGCGGCGACUCCAUUAACAACAAUCUGUUUGCCCAUGUGGCCAAGAGGGACAAGCGCACGGCCAUCGUCACAGUGGGCGAUCUGCGUCCACGCCUUAAGCAAGUGAUUCAACAAGCAAAAGAGGCCGUUUCCAACGACAAUAGUCGCUCGGUUUAUGUCCACGAGGUCUCCUCAUCAAAGGAAGCCAUACAAAAGGUGAAUGAAAUUGCCCUAGACAAUGCUCUGACCAUUGCCAAUAUACAGGUCGCCGAGGAGGACUUCCUUGUCGAGAGCGCUGAGCGCAAUGCGGCCAAACUCGACAAACACAUCGAACGCUUGUGGAGCUCGGUGGCCCACAAUGGCCUCUUUCUGGUCCUUAUGGGGGGUUCAGCGGAGUGCACAAAAGGUGUGGCUAAAAUUGCCAUCAAGCGGCUGAAUGGCCAAUCUAGAGAAUGAUCAAAACACUGCCACGGCUUUCACCCCACACACCCACACCCAUGCACACACGCACACCCACGCGCGCGCAGCCACACACACACUCGCACACACACACGCAGAGAGAGAAUCCCAUCUAGAUUUAGUGAAUCAAAAAACAAAAACAAAUGAAAAUUCACAAAGCUGAAGUAAAUUUUUUUGUUAAUCCCCCCAAAACUCCAUGAUACACCAAACACAAAAAACUCUACACAGACACACGCACACACACACACACAUACACAUACACAUACACAUAUAUAUAUGUAUAUAUACAUGUUUAUAUAUGUAUAAAUAUGUAAUUAUGUCUAUCGGAAGCGUUACUUUGUUACGUAAACAAAAUGUAUCCAUGAGGAAAUUGUCAAAUUUAAAUGAAUUGUCUCCACAAAAAGAGAGAGAGAGAGAGAGAGAGGGAAAGAAACGGAACAAAACAUUAUUAUAAUAAAAAAAAAGAAACAUGCAAGAAAAUCUAAACAAAUCACACACACACAUUAAAAAAAAAAUUAAAUGUACAUUUAUUUUUUCACAUAAAACAAAAUGUUUUUCUUUAUUAAGCGACAAUGGAAAGAUCAUCCAAAACCUUUUUGUAAAAUUUGAACAUAAAACCGUUGCCAAAGGCAUAAGAAUUCGCAUGUUUGACAUAAGAUAAAUAUGAUAUAUAAAAGUCAUAGUGUUUAAAUUAAGCAGCAUAUAAAUCUGUAAACAAUACACACACUUGUAUGUAGUAAAUAAUGCAAAUGGCUCAAACCAUAUUCUCAUAUUGGUCUGUUUGUCCGUUUAUCAGUUAGAACGAAAUGGUCUAAGCCAUUUAUUGAGCAGGCUCUAGGGAUCGCACUGAAAAACAUUGGGGCAACAAAAAAAAAAAUGGAAACUCUGUGUGGAAAAUGGAAGAAAAUUUGCGUUUCUCAUAAGAUAACGGCAGGAGGAGGAUUAACUUAUGAAUAAAAAACAAACUCAUUUGUUGGCUAAACUUA